CUGCUUCUGGGCGACAGCGCAGGCUCAGCUGCUCUAGCCAGUGGGACUGCAAAGGGUCACUCUAAAAAUUGCUGCUGGGACUUGUCAGGUGGCUGCUGGUGGCUCCCCACAGGAUUUUCCUUCUCUCUCUCCUCUCCACAGAUUGCUUCCCAAGAGGAGUCUGCUGCUGCCACUUCAUCAUCACAAGUCGGGGACACACUCAACACAGAAGGCAAGCUCUUACCUGUGACGGUGUUUGCCAACAUGGCCCCCAAAAAGAAGACUGUCAGAAAGAACAAAGGAGAUAUCAAUGAGAUGACCAUAAUUGUAGAAGAUAGCCCCCUAAACAAACUAAAUGCUUUGAAUGGGAUUCUAGAGGGAGGCAAUGGCCUUAGCUGCAUUUCUUCUGAAUUAACAGAUGCCUCUUAUGGCCCCAACCUCUUGGAAGGUUUAAGUAAAAUGCGGCAAGAAAGCUUCCUUUGUGACUUAGUCAUUGGCACCAAAACCAAAUCCUUUGAUGUUCACAAGUCAGUGAUGGCUUCAUGCAGUGAGUACUUUUACAACAUCUUAAAAAAAGACCCAUCUACUCAAAGGGUGGAUCUCAAUGAUAUCUCACCGCUGGGCCUGGCCACUGUCAUUGCAUAUGCCUACACGGGAAAGCUGACCCUCUCCUUGUAUACAAUAGGAAGUAUUAUUUCUGCUGCUGUUUAUCUUCAGAUCCAUACCCUUGUAAAGAUGUGCAGUGAUUUUUUGAUACGAGAGAUGAAUGUUGAGAAUUGCAUGUACAUUGCUAACAUUGCUGAAACGUACUCUCUGAAAAAUGCAAAAGCAGCAACCCAAAAAUUUAUCCGGGAUAACUUCCUUGAAUUUGCAGAGUCAGAUCAGUUUAUGAAACUUACAUUUGAGCAAAUUAAUGAACUUCUUAUAGAUGAUGACUUACAGUUGCCUUCUGAAAUAGUAGCAUUCCAGAUUGCUAUGAAAUGGUUAGAAUUUGACCAAAAGAGAAUGAAAUAUGCUGCAGAUCUGUUGAGCAAUAUUCGUUUUGGUACUAUCUCUGCACAAGACCUGGUCAAUUAUGUUCAGUCUGUGCCAAGAAUGAUGCAAGAUGCUGAUUGCCACAAACUUCUUGUGGAUGCUAUGAACUACCAUUUACUUCCAUAUCAUCAAAACACACUGCAGUCUAGGCGUACAAGAAUCCGAGGGGGCUGUCGAGUCCUUGUCACUGUUGGGGGGAGACCAGGCCUUACAGAGAAGUCCCUUAGUAGAGACAUCUUGUAUAGAGAUCCUGAAAAUGGAUGGAGCAAGCUUACAGAAAUGCCAGCCAAGAGUUUUAAUCAGUGCGUGGCUGUGAUGGAUGGAUUUCUUUACGUGGCUGGUGGUGAAGACCAGAAUGAUGCAAGAAAUCAGGCCAAGCAUGCAGUCAGCAAUUUCUGCAGAUACGAUCCCCGUUUCAACACCUGGAUACACCUGGCUAGCAUGAACCAGAAGCGUACGCACUUCAGUCUGAGCGUGUUCAACGGGCUCCUUUAUGCCGUGGGCGGCCGCAAUACGGAAGGGAGCCUUGCCUCGUUGGAGUGCUACGUGCCUUCCACCAAUCAGUGGCAGCCGAAGACACCCCUGGAAGUGGCGCGCUGCUGCCACGCGAGUGCGGUCACCGAUGGCCAAGUGCUGGUGACCGGCGGCUACAUCAGCACUGGGUACUCACGCUCGGUGUGCGCGUACAACCCGGCCAGCGACUCCUGGCAGGAGCUGCCAGGGUUGAGCACGCCGCGAGGCUGGCACUGCGCGGUCACGCUGGGCGACAGGGUGUAUGUGAUGGGGGGUAGCCAGGUGGGGCCGCGCGGGGAGCGCGUUGAUGUGCUGACCGUGGAGUGCUACAGCCCCGCUACCCGCCAGUGGAGCUACGCGGCGCCCCUGCUGGUGGGCGUGAGCACCGCAGGCGCCUCGGCGCUGCAUGGCCGCGCCUACCUGGUGGGUGGCUGGAACGAGGGCGAGAAGAAGUACAAGAAGUGCAUCCAGUGCUUCAACCCCGAGCUCAAUGAGUGGACGGAGGAGGACGAGCUGCCCGAGGCCACCGUGGGCGUGUCGUGCUGUACCCUCUCGAUGCCCAACAACGUGACCCGGGAGUCCCGAGCCAGCUCCGUGUCCUCUGUGCCAGUCAGUAUCUGAACCCAGGUAGAUGCAAAGACAAAGGAAGAACAAAUAUUUAUUUGUGGUUAACCUUUAAGUUAGCGCAGAGGAAAAUAUAUAACAUUUACUACAAUGAUUGCAUUUGAAAAUAUAUCGAGACAAACGUCUUGAUGGUUUUAAAUUACUGGUAUGGCAUUAUCUACCUCUGUCUUUUAAUUUUGUUUUUUCAAAACAAAAUUCAGGGUCAUAGCCAACAAAGAAAACUAGAAUUUACUUCAGCGGCCACUGGGUGGCAGAGAGUGCAUUCUUUUGUCACAGCAAGAUUCCCAAUUGUACAGCGGUUACACCCACAUUUGAGACUUUCCCUCUACACAUUAGCCACAAGACACUUAUGUAAAUGAUUUCACAUACAAAAGGUUUUCUCUCUCUCUUCUUUGGGAAGUUGAAAAUGUUCAUUGAUAGGUUUUAUUUUAAAAUGGAACUCUAUAUCUAUAAAGACUUAAGAUUUAAUUCUAUUUUCCAAUGCAGUUUCUUUUCCUGUGUAAAGGAUUUUAAAGGGCAGCCCAUGACACCACUGUUCUGAAUCUUAAAACAAAGCCUGAUGGGAAAGCAGUGGGGAUUUCACCAGGGGCUGUCCUUGGUUUAUCCCGGAGCCCUUCUUCCUCCCUGCCUUAAGACCCACUGUAUUUCCAUCAUAAAAAUCUGCUCUCAAAGAAGAAACUGAUCUUAGUCAUUUGGUUUAUAGUGUAAGUUUAAAUCCUUUCUUCAUUUCUCCUAGAAGGAUUUGCACUUUAAUCCAUGUUCCCUAUUAAAGGAAUUGCAAGUAUCUUGAGAGCCUUGCUCUCACCCUAAAAAACUAUACCAGGAUUAAAAGCAACCUUGACCCUAAUGGGAGCCCCAGGAAGAACACCAAAUAAAACUAUGUCCUCAAGGAUCAUUAACUUAAAGCUUUUAUAGCCUGAAGGUUAUAUAGCCAAUAGCCAUAAUUUCAUUUCUCCCAUUCUCAUAUGGAUGAAAUUGAAGGAAACAUUUGGAAUUCUUGGUUUGGAGAUAACAGGAUGAAUGGGUUCUCCUGUUGGCAAAUGCCAUUGUUUCCCAUUUCACAGCAGUCCUCUUGAGCUCUCAAUUAAAUUCUAAUACAUCCAUUUCACUUGGAAACAUUAAAAUAAUAUGUGCCCAUUCUGGUAUAUAUUUUUAACCUCAUCUGCUCCAAAUUAACUUUGCAAAUUAAUGUGUAUCCACUCGAUAUCAUUUCUUUUACUUGUUUGUCAAGUUCUGGAGCAAGGGAACAGUUGUAGUAAAUGAUACAUAUUUUCCUUUCUUAUAAUUUAUCAUUUUAUUCUUUGACAGUUUGUUUUGAACAGGAAGUUGCCCAUCAAUCAUGGGUUAUGUGUAAUUGGAUUUUAAAAAUUAAAACAAACUAAUUAAAUGGUUAAACAUGAGCUACAUGGAAAUAUAACUGGGUUUUCAUUAAUCUCAUCCUCUCCCACCUUUUGUAGAUAGUUUGUUGCUAGAGUUACAAUAUUUAUAUUUAAACUAUUUUACUUCAACUGUGAAAAGUGGUUCAUAUAGUACACUGUGUGGAACAAUUUUAUAUCAUUGCCCCUUAUGAUAAGUUCAAACUCUGUGUAUUAAAUGGUAACACUCAGGUAAAGGCUAAAACACUAAGUACAAGACAUUAUUAAUAAAAAAGAAAAACACAGGCUUUUCUUCACCCUACACAGAGCACGAAGAACUUCCCCAAGUGCAGGGCAGGUCUGUAGGCACCUGCUCCUGUGACUUCUUGUCCACCUGGGCCAGAAAAUACACUGUGUGAGAAACUAGUGUAUGGAGCAAGUUAAGUCACUGAGCUCUUAAAUUAUCAAUGCACAAAUAUAGAUAAUCUUUUAUCCUUGCAGCAUCAUUGGUAACAUAAAUUUUGUAUUUAAUAAAUUAUUUUGGCCACAACUUACAAAACUCAUGUGAGGGUGACUGUAACAUCUUUUAGUUAAGUAUAAAUAUAUAUUCUUACAAAAUUGAGAAGCCUAUAGUAUAUUGUUAAUUUUAAAAGGGGAAAAAAGGUGACUUAUUAUGGAUUACAGAUUAUAAGUGGCAAAUAGAUGUAAUUCUCUGAUGCACAAUAAUAGCUCUGUCUCCCACUGAGAUCCUAGAAGUAUUGUAAAGUGGAGGACCUAAGGCUUAGAAUUAAGUAAGAAUCAAUCAACUGUAACAUUUUAUCACAGAAGAAUGAAAAGAGAUGCUGAACAUAGAGGAUUUUUAAUCUGUUGGAUCUUGAUAAGAUAGCUUGUGCAAAAACUUGGCAGUGGCUUUCUGGACAUGAAACUGGAGACAUGUUAGAGCUGGAAAAAUCACUUCAAAUGAUCAUUUAAUGUGUUUUCUACAUUGCUCAUCUGAAGACUCAGAAAAUACACAUAUCUGGGUUUACCAGGGGCUUGGGUACAUGGCAGUUCUAUCUUUUGCUUCAACAAUUAUGUCAAAUAAAGACCAAUAUGAAUUUGGCAUGCCAGAAUUUCUGACACAACAAAUUGGAAUAUAAGGAGCGUGAGACAUAAGGGUUGAUGAGUUUCCAUCACUGACCACUGCAAGAUGUGAAAGUAUACAGAAUCAAAAUCUUUCAUGUCACCUUUCAUGUGUAAGUGAAAUAUACUCUGACCCAACUUCAAAAGUCAGUUGCUCCUAUAAUCUUGACAGUUUCUCCAUGUUGCCCAACUGGAGAUUACUUCAUUUUAUUAUGUUUUAAGCUUACAUUCAAUUAUAUUCCCCCGUCUUAGGCUCUAACCCUGUACCUCCUUUUAUUUUUCUCAAAGAAAAAGCUUUCUUAUUUUGUAAUGCCAGAGUCCUGUGAUUAAAUAAAAGCAUCAGUUCAGUGUAUCAGAAAAAUAGCCUAUUACCCAGCUGCUGACAUAAUGAAACUCAAACUCUCAUUUUCUGAAUGGGCCAGAGACCUGAUGUGAACGUCUCCGGGAAGCCAGACCUUAAUGUAGCCCAUCCAGUCUUAGUUAGACCCUUGGUGCCGAGUUGUCAUCCCUGCUGCCCUAGUUGCUUUCAGUGGCAUUGAGUGAGUUUUAGUUUCACUUCCUAUGCUGUAAGAAUGGUUAUGAAUAGAAAGUCAGUGAUGGUACAGAUUAAUAUAAUUUUAAACAGUGAUUUGAUGGCAGUGGAGUGUUGAGUGAGGAGGUGUGUUUGAGGCAAUAAGGAGGUGACAUUGUACUGAAUGGCUCUAUGAUUUCAGGCAGAGAAGCAACUAUAGUAAGUAUAUUUCAUAAACGUGUAUAAGUAGAGGUUUUCCUGGAAAUUCAUGUUACAAGGUCAAUAUUUUGCAGUUAUCCUGACCAAAUAUCUUCAGAAUUCAUUCAAGUUGCUAGACAAAACCAACUAAAAUCACUUCAUUCAAUUAAUUUUUCCCUGAGUUUCACAUACAUGAAUUUCUCUAAUUUCUCUGAAUUCUUCUCUGAAGGAAUUAGCUCCCCACCCUGGCCACAGAUGGCUGUGUUCUCUAGCACAGAGCAGCAUUGAAAGAAAUUAUUUUUCCGUAUCUCUUUUCACACCAAUAAAAACUAUAGCAUAGUGUCUGAAAUGCUCCUCCAUGGUAAUUAUGAGAACUAAAGAUUUUAAAUAUUAAAAAUUUACCCUCCAGUAUAUUCAGAGGGUAAAGAUCAUUUAAAUUCCCCUCUCAGGGAAUUUGAAAUAAAAUGUUUGUCUUAGACACCCCUAAAAAUGUUUUUAUUCAUCAGAUUUUGGGAAAAUUUUCUUUGUUUGCUUGAAACAUUCUGGUACUAUAUAAGGAACAACAAAUUAAAAUGUAUGUAGUAUUUAUAAGCUCAUCACUAUCAAUAA